AUGUUUAAAUAUUUGAUUGCGCGGGCAUCUCGACAUUUAUCGAAAAAUGUUUGCCAUAGCGCGCCCUUGAGUGACAUUACAAAAGUUUGGUUUACGCCGUUGCCAAAAAAUGCAAAAUGGGUGGCUCCACUUCAGAUGCACUAUAUUGAAAAUGGCAUGAAGAAAGAUCGAGAUAUUGUCAAGAUAUUCAAUGGAGUAAUGGUUGUUUUGUUUAAUGUGUCGCGCCAAAAACUCAUCUAUGUGCGACAGUUUAGGCCAGCAGUGUACCACGGAAUAAUAACAGGUGAAUCAUUCGAAAUGCCCAAGGGCUGUAUUGAUUUAGUUAAAUAUCCACCCGAAAUCGCUGUGACAUUGGAGCCCCAGCACACCAAACAAGAUAACAAGAGUCCUCAGGAAUCGGCCCGUGAUGAAAUUUUGGAAGAAUGUGGCUACGAUGUGCCCACGAAAAGUUUGCAGCUUAUUUACAAAUAUCGUUCUGGUGUUGGUGCCUCGAGUGCUGCACAAACUUUAUUCUACUGCGAGGUGUGCGAUGAGCAAAAAGUUAAUGCUGGUGGGGGAGUGCAUGACGAAGUCAUCGAAGUCGUAGAUCUAUCGAUAGAAGAGGCCAAGGAAUAUGUGAAGACAGGCGCAACGGUUUCCGGCGGUCCCAGCACAUUGUUGGCUACGCUUUGGUUUCUCAGCAACAAGGCGUAA